CGACAGUGUCGUAAAUUGGGACUCGACAGUAAACAUGGCAAGCCUGGCUGAUGUCGGCUGGAAGCUGCUGGAGUUUAAAGCCAGAUCUAAACGCUCAGAGCUUCAGUAGUGCUGUAGUGUGGUAGAAUUCGGCUAAUGAACAAAAUGGCCAGCGCUGCCCGCGAGCGUUCCGGUUCCCAGCGCAGACUCAACAGGCACGGCUCCAUUUAUGAACCUCUCAAGCUGUCCACCCUUCACCGUGAGGACGAGCCUCUGUGGGAGAAGCUGGACCGGUUCUACAGCGCAGUGAAGUGCACUAUUCUGAACUACCAGAGCCCCACCACAGGUCUGUUUCCUGUGAAGACCUGCUCCGACUGUAAAGAAGCCAAAGUGCGAGAUUCACUUUACUGUGCUGCCAGUGCCUGGGCUUUGGCUCUCGCUUAUAGACGCAUCGAUGAUGAUAUGGGCCGCACACACGAGCUGGAGCAUUCAGCUAUUAAAUGCAUGCGGGGAAUUCUCUACUGCUACAUGCGCCAGGCCGACAAGGUGGAGAAGUUUAAGCAGGACCCGAGCCCGUACACAUGUCUCCACUCCGUGUUCGAUGUUCAUAAAGGAGAUGAGAUUUACUCCUAUAAACAGUACAGUCACCUGCAGAUUGACGCUGUCUCUCUCUUCCUACUCUACCUGGUGGAAAUGAUUUGCUCCGGUCUGCAGAUCAUCUACAACACUGACGAGGUGUCCUUCAUCCAGAACCUGGUGUUUUGCGUAGAGAGAGCGUACCGUGUCUCGGACUUCGGCAUGUGGGAGAGAGGAAGUAAAUACAACAACGGAAGCGCAGAGCUGCAUUCCAGUUCUGUGGGACUCGCCAAAGCAGCUCUUGAGGCCAUCAAUGGAUUCAACCUGUUUGGAAACCAGGGAUGCUCCUGGUCCGUGAUAUUUGUGGACUUGGAUGCUCACAACCGCAACAGACAGACGCUCUGUUCCCUUCUACCACGAGAGUCCCGUUCCCAUAACACGGAUGCAGCCCUCUUACCCUGUAUCAGCUACCCUGCGUUUGCGGUGGACGACGACGCCCUUUACAGCCAAACGCUCGACAAAAUCGUUCGCAAGCUAAAAGGCAAAUAUGGCUUCAAACGAUUCCUGAGGGACGGAUACAGGACGGCGAAUGAGGACAAGAACCGCAGAUACUACAGACCUGCUGAGAUGAAGCUCUUUGAUGGGAUCGAGUGCGAGUUUCCUAUAUUCUUCAUCUACAUGAUGAUCGACGGUGUGUUCAGAGGACACACUGCUCAGGUGAAAGAGUACGAAGAACUGCUGCAAGCGGUCAUUUUUCAGUCUUAUGAAGGUCAUGCCGUCAUUCCAAAAUACUACCACGUGCCAGCGGAUUUUGUGGAGGCGGAGCAGAAGAAACACGGCAGCCAGAAACGUUUCCCGAGCAACUCGGGUCGUGACGGGAUGCUGUUCCUGUGGGGUCAGGCCCUGUACAACAUCGCCAAGCUACUGGUGGAAGGUCUGAUUAGCCCCAAAGACAUUGACCCCAUCCACCGCUACGUGCCACGGCAGGACCAGAGGAAUGUUAGCAUGAGAUACUCCAACCAGGGUCCCAUCGAGAAUGAUGUGGUGAUCCACGUGGCACUUAUCGCCGAGAGUCAGAGGUUGCAGGUUUUCUUGAACACGUACGGCAUUCAGACUCAAACCCCUCAGCAGGUGGAGCCCAUUCAGAUUUGGCCUCAGCAGGAGCUUGUGAAGGCAUAUCGUUUCCUGGCCAUCAAUAAAAAGCUCGGUUUAAGUGGGCGUCCGGAGAGACCGGUGGGCUGCAUCGGGACCUGUAAGAUUUAUCGGAUCCUGGGGAAGACUGUAGUGUGUUACCCCAUUGUUUUCGACCUCAGCGACUUCUACUUGUCUCAGGAUGUUAUGCUGCUUAUCGAUGACAUCAAGAACGCCCUACAGUUCAUUAAGCAGUGCUGGAAGAUGCCAGGACGCCCUCUGUUUCUCGUUCUCAUCAGAGAGGAUAACAUCAGGGGGAGCCGCUUCAACCCUGUCCUGGACAUGCUGGCCUCGUUCAAGAAGGGUAACAUUGGAGGGGUCAAAGUUCACGUCGACAGGCUUCAGACUCUAAUCUCUGGAGCUGUGGUUGAGCAGCUGGAUUUUCUGCGUGUCAAUGAGGCAGAGAUUCCCGAGUUUAAGAGUUUCGAGGAGCUGGAGUUGCCCAAACACUCGAAGGUGAAGCGUCAGGCGAGCACACCGAACGCCUCAGACCUCGAGCAGCAGCCCGAGAUCGACAUCGACGAGUGGAGGAACAAACCCACAAAUGAGAUCCUUCAAAAGUUCAAUGACUGUGUCUGUCUUGCCAGCCAGGCGCAGCUUGCUAGUAUUCUCCUGAAGAAAGAAGGUCCAGACUUCUUCAGCAGGGAUGAGUACCUGAAGUCUGAGCUGGAGCGGAUCUACAGGAGAGCAGGGAGCAGGAAACUCUGGAUGGCGGUGCGUUGCGCAGCAGCCGCUAUGCAGAAGUUCGCCAGUUCUAUAGCUCCCCAUAUAACGACCCUGUUGGUCCAUGGUAAACAGGUGACUCUGGGUCUUUUUGGACAUGAUGAGGAAGUGAUCUCGAACCCGCUGUCUCCGGCCGUCAUUAAGGACAUUAUUUACAGGAAGUGCAGUCCUCAUGGUGAGCGAGAAGCCGUACUGCAGCAGGAGCUCGUCAUCCACAUCGGCUGGAUCAUCUCUAACAGCCCCGAGCUGUUCAGUGGCAUGCUCAAGAUCCGCAUCGGGUGGAUUGUCCAGGCCAUGAAACACGAGCUGAAGAUCCGUGCAGGAGACAUGCCAACACAGGACAUCUACCAAAUGUCACCUAGCGAUGUAAAACAGCUGCUGUUAGACGUGCUUCAGCCUCAGCAGAACGGCAGGUCGUGUCUGAAUCGACGUCAGAUUGAUGGAUCUCUAAAUCGUACGCCGCUAGGGUUUUACGAUCGCGUCUGGCAGAUUCUGGAGCGGACGAGUAACGGCAUCAUGGUGGGAGGCCUUCACCUGCCUCAGCAACCAACUCUGUCUGAUAUGACCAUGUAUGAAAUGAACUUCUCCCUGCUGGUGGAGGAUACGCUGAAGAACAUUGUGCUGCCUGAAUACAGACAGAUCAUUGUGGAGCUCCUGAUGGUGGUGUCUCUGGUGCUUGAAAGAAACCCUGAGCUGGAAUUUCAGGAGAAAGUGGAUCUGGAUCGCCUAGUAAAAGAAGCCUUUGGUGAUUUCCAGAGAGAUCGAGGACGAGCUGAUGCAGCUCAGAGUCAGAAGGAGAUGGAGGCGUUCUAUAACACGCCUCCACUGGGGAAGAGAGGAACCUCCAGCUACCUGACUAAGGCCGUGAUGAUUCAGCUACUACAGGGGGAAGUGAAGCCCAGCAAGGACGACCCCUGCUCCGUCAGCUGAACACACUUUCAUUUUUACCCUAUUCUUUCUAUCUUACUGCCUUUACAUCUGUCUCUGUCUCUCUCUAUCUCUCUUUAUCUCUUUAACUUUUAUCUUGCUCAACCAUUUACAUUUUGAAACUGUACUGUUACACUGGUUUGUUUUGUUCUUUUUUUUUUUUUUUUUUUUUUUAAAAGCCCAAAUCUUGACGUCACCUCUUGACCAUCUCAUCCCACACCUUCCUCAUUUUUUAGCUUCUCUUUAGUUUACACCACAUAAUGAUUUAGUUUAUUGAUUUGGCCUCUGAUGGGCCAGUUUACACCGCUAACAAAAGAAAAUCUGUUAUAUUAUAAUAGUAUAAAGCAAAAUAUUAUCAGUAACCGCCAUGAAAAGCAGGAUUUUAGGAAGCAUGUGUAGCAGAAAUGUACAGCAUCUGUACAUACAGUUCCUUUGACUGUUGUUUCCGGUAUGGCUCUGGCAUCAGAAUACUGUAAAAUAUUUACAUUAAGAUUAAAAGUGUAAGCGUUUCCUGGGAAACAAUAAAAAUAGGCUAAAGCGAUUGAACUAACAGCACAUCAAAGUGAAUAUAGUAGGAAAGAAAUGGUUAAUUGUAGUUACAAUCAUUUAUUUAUAUGAAAUAUUGCGAUAAGAUUGUAAUAUGAGAUUACGGGUGAUACAAUUUUAGCAAUAGUUUUAUUUACACACACUUUAAACACACUCAGACUUUUACCCUACACGUCUUACUCGUGUCUGCUGUAUAAAUUUGUCUGGUUUUUUUUCGCUUUGCUUCUAUAUGGUGGACCAAACGUGACAAAAUGAAAUACUAAUUUAAUGCUUAUUAUUUGUCAUUAGUGGGGUUUUUUUUAUUGUUUUAUUUAUACAGGAAAACAACAUACCAGCAGUGAAUUCAAAGAAAUAAAUUGUACAACUUUUACGAUGCGAUGAUAAAGAACACGCUGAAUAUCUUCAGUAUGCUGCUGUAAGUUAGAUGUUGGAAGGGGUAUCGUUUUUGGCACGUUUGGUCCACCAUAUAUAAAUCCACACUGGUACAUCAGCAAGAUUCUAAAAAACAAACACUGUGAACAGAAAAGUUCAAAGAACAGUUUUUUUUUUUAUUCCUGCUUCCGCUAAAGGAAUUUUCCAUAGGAUGUUAGGAUAUAUGUAUGUUUCUCCACGCUCUCUGCAUGUGGAUUUUCUGUUGCAUGAUGGUGAUUUAUAUGUAAAACGGAUCCAUGAGAUGUCUGAAGUUCAGCACUUAAUUUUAAUACAACAUAAAAGGUUAUUCUACAGUUUUGUUUAAAAAAGGUUUUUGCCGAUUUAGUUGACCUUUUAUAGUCCUGAAGCUUCACAUGAAUGUAUUAAAGCUGUGUGGGAAUUAUUGUGUGUUUGUGUGUGUGUGUGUGUGUGUGUGUGUGUGUGUGUGUGUGUGUGUGUGUGUGUGUGUGUGUGUGUGUGUGUGUGUUUUCUCACCCUGAGGAUAUUUUACAGACUUUUAAGUGUAGAAAUGAAAUAAAUGCUAAUCUGAAGUGCA